AAAAGGACUACACCAGACAAUUGCUCGCCCGUGAACGCUAAACAAUCAUAUCCUGUUUUACUCCGUACAUGCCAUGACUUCAAGGAUUUCUACCUCGUCCAAGUUACCUACAUUUCUGACUAUCUGCAUCUUCUCAUGGUAUAUAGGUUUCGUGUCAUGCCAACAUCAGCAAUGGCAUCUUGAAGUAUCCCUUUUUGAGGACGGAGAACACCAACAUCCCGCAACUUCCUCAAGAGCAAAAGAAGCUUACUUCUCCGAAAUGUUCAAUGCGCUGUCAAGACGAUUGCUUCUGCUUGGGUAUGGACGAUUCCACUUUAUCAGACACGGCUAUUUCACGCUAUCGUCCCCUCAAAGCAAAGCACUAUUUUCAAGUACCCAGAAGCAUUCCACCAUCAAUGAUGUUUUUAGAAACUGGAAGUCAGUUAUUGAAAGUCAGCUUUCCGGACGCACCCAUGGCAAAGAUGUGAAUAUAAUACUAACAAGACGUCCCCUUAGGGAUACCUACGGAAAUGAAGCUUCUGGCUUUGCAACAAAAGGAAGUAUAUGCACUAAAAACAACGUUGUCUUAGUGAGAGACGACGGAGUGUACUCAGCUGUGAACAAGCUUGUCAAGGUCAUUCUGAAUGCACUUGGUGUAGAUGUGGACGGCGUUGGCGCUGCUAGCGCGUGUUCAGCGCAUGAUGGAAACCUCAUGGGAAAAGGAAAACUCAAGGUUCCUUUGAGCUUCUCGCCAUGUACGAAGCGUCUUCUACCUAUAGCUUUAAGGAACCUCCACUGUCUUAAAAGCAGGAUCAUGCACAAGGUGGGAAAGGAUAUACCGAUGCCAGCAAAGAUUAAAAGAUCAGCCUAUUGCUCUUCGUUCGGCUCAACUAACUGUGACGAUGAGGGAGCCGAGAGCCUCGCUCACAAGCACCCCAAAAGGUAUGAAUGCCUUGUUUACUGCUGCAAGGGCCUCACAUCAAUGAAUGUAAAUGUGGCGCCUGAUGGGCUUGAAUGCGGGGACAAUUCUUUCAAGGCUUAUGAUAAAAGAUGCAUAAACGGAGCAUGCAUGCAAAUACGUUGAGCAUAAACUUGCUGCAGGCGGACCAAGCGGACUUCCUUUUCUACUGAAAUCUAAAGAUCGAAAAUGAACCAUAAACGAAGGCUAUGAACACGGUUUCAAGAUCACAUAGGACCCAUUUCCACGUUUGCCUUAGGUCUAUGGUUAUUUUUGCAUGGACCCUUUGUUUUUAAAUGCAUUAAAGGUACUUCAUGGAAAUUCCGGAUGGAA